UUGGUUAAACCUGGCCAACCAUCACAACUCUCUUGGGUUUUGUCUGCUUGCUUGGCACGUUCGAAUAAACAAGGAGCGGUACCAAGAUUUUGAAAAUUUUCAAUUUCGUGGCUUCUUCCAGAAGCGGAUUACUUUCCAUUUCAUAGUACUCUUGAAACAACACAUUGACUGAAGGUGAAAACCUGCAAUGUUGAAGUUUUUCAAGAAACAUCCCCCUAAAGAGGGAGAAGAAAGGGAGCGUUUGAAGAAGGAGCUUUUCAAGUUUCAGAAGUGUGUAGAGCAUGGCUUCCCCAGCAAACCCACCGCGGUGGCCUACGACCCGAAGUUGCAACUUCUUGCGGUCGGCACUAAAUCUGGAGCGAUCAAAAUUUUUGGAACUCCUGGUUUUGAGGCCACAGGUGCUCAUGAUGAGGACGUCUCUGUCACCAGUUUGUUCUUCAUUCCUGAGGAGGGCAGGCUCAUCUCCGUGUGCAGCGAUGGUUCUUUACAUCUUUGGGAAGUCAAUAACACCCAAGACUCUUGUAUACUGGAGGAGAAGCGCCUUGGCUCUGACACACUGAAGAUCAAGAGCAUGUCUACGUGCAGCCAGAGUGCAGAUGGAACCACCCUGUAUGUGGGCACAGAAACAGGCAAUAUUCAUCUGCUGGACGCCAAGACGCUCACUGAGUCUGCUGUGGUCAACCUGGACUCCAUAAUUCAGAACGUUCCAGAAGAUUUCAAAGUGAACCCCGGGGCUGUGGAAGCUGUGGCAAACAACCCAGUCCAGGCAGACAAGGUACUGAUAGGCUUUAACAGAGGUCUGAUCGUGUUGUGGAACACGGUGGAGAACUCGCCAGAGAAGACGUUCAAUGCUACACAGCAACUGGAGUCCCUGACCUGGAACAGAAAUGGGGAGGAGUUCAUCAGCGCUCACAAUGAUGGAAGCUUCAUUGUAUGGAAUGUGAAUGAGCCAUCAGAGCCCAAAGAACCGGCCACAACACCUUAUGGUCCAUUCCCAUGUAAAGCCAUCCACAAGCUUCACUGGAAACAGACAAAAAACGAACCAAUGAUGAUUUUCUCUGGUGGGAUGCCCCGGGCCAGCUAUGGUGACCGCCACACAGUGAGCAUCAUGCAGGGAGAAAACCACAUUGUGGCUGAGCUCACAUCCAGAGUGGUGGACUUUCUCACGGUGUGCCGAGCUGAGGAAAAAGAUGCCAUUGACAAUGGACGUGAUGACCCUCAUGCUCUCCUCAUCCUGGCUGAGGAGGAGCUGGUGGUGCUGGACCUUGAGUCGGAGUCCUGGCCCUCCUUCCACCUACCCUACCUGACCAGUGUCCACUCCUCAGCCAUCACUUGCUCCCAGCACAUUGCCAAUGUGCCACAGCAGCUCUGGCAGAAGAUUUCAGAUGCUGGGGACAACCAGGCCAAGAACUUUUCUCGCAGGGAGUGGCCUAUCCAGGGUGGGAAGAACACGGCCCCUGCCAAUGUCACCAAAGACUUGUUCUUGACCGGACAUGAGGAUGGCACUGUGCGCUUCUGGGACGCCUCUGCCUCCAGCCUGCGCCUCAUGUACAAGCUGAGCACCUGUCCUGUCUUCGGCAUUCCGGACCACUCCACCGAACCUGCCAGCCCAGAGGAGGAGGAAUGGCCCCCCUUUAGGAAGGUUGGCACAUUUGACCCGUACAGCGAUGACCCUCGUCUGGCAAUCCAGAGGGUGGCACUCUGUGCACUGAGUGAAACCCUGGUCGUGGCAGGCUCUGCUGGUCAAGUCUUGGUCUUCCACAUGGAGAGGCAGGAGAGAGAGCAGGACCUCAAGGAGGUGAAAGUGAACAUCAUGGCUGACCAUGAGGGCUUUGUAUGGAAGGGUCAUGAAGCACUUACCUGUAAGGUGGAUGACCUCAAGUACGCAGCUGGCUUCCAACCCACCUGUAUCAUGCAGCUGGAGCCCCCGGCAGCUUGUACUGCUUUGGCCCUGCACUCGGAGUGGCAGCUUGUUGCUGCUGGCACUGGCCAGGGAUUUGCUCUCCUGGACUAUGCUCAGAAGAAAGAAGUUGCCACACGGUGCACACUCAACCCACAUGAUUUGACUGGCACCUCGGACACAGCUAUGUCGCGUAGGAAGUCUUUGAAGAAGUCUCUGCGAGAGUCAUUCCGCCGACUGCGAAGACGUCGCUCAGAGAAAAGACAAAGAGAUCAGAAGAAGGAAGAGAAAGGGGAGGGCCAGAACAUUGAGGAGACUGGCGGAGCUACAGCAGGUCCCUCUGGCGCUGCUGAUGCUGGUGCUGCUACUGCGGUUGCUGAGUGCAAGCCUGAGGAGCGUCAGGUGGAGGCUCGCAGUGGGGAUGACUCAAUGGCUUCCAUGGUCCGCUCGCUGUACUUUGCUGACACCUUCAUCAUCAAUGGUGGCUCUCACAACCCGUCUCUAUGGGUGGGCACCAACGGGGGCCACGUGUACGUGUACAACUUGUCUGUCCCUGGCUCUGACAAACGCACAGCUGACUACGUGUCCUGCCUCCUGGCCAAGGAGAUCAAGCUGAAGCACCAGGCCCCCGUGCUGAGCAUGGCAGUCAUUGACAGCAAGAAUGCCGUGCUGCCCGAUGCUUUCGAGGUCAUCAAUGAGAGAGCCAAGGCUCCCGACAUGGAGGGGCAACAUUCAAUCAUCAUCUGCUCUGAGGAACAGCUCAAGACCUUCUCAUUGCCUGCUCUGAAGCCCAGAUGGAAGAACAAGAUCACAGCGAUUGAUGGAGCUAGGUUGAGGAAGAUCAACUUUGUCACUUUCAGGAGAGAAGGUGACAACUACACCGAGUUUGAUAUCGCCUGCCUCACCAACACUGGCGAGCUGCGUGUUUUCUCCGUGGCUACACUCAGACGUCAGUUUACCAUUGGAGCCAUCAGGAAGGAAGAUAUCCAUGGCAUCGCCUCCUUUGUGUUCACCAAGGACGGCCAAGGCUUCCACCUUCAGUCCCCGUCGGAGUUCUGUCGUGUGAAUCUGUCCACCAGCAGGAGCCCGGCCAUGCCUUUGUGUCAGCUGGAACUUGCUGAGGGGCUCAGACCUCCUCCAGAAGAAAAACCACAGAGCUCGGCUGCUGGAGGGGCAGAGAACCCCACUGUGGAGGUGACCCCAGCCUCCGAAGAACAGUCACAAGAGGCUCAAGGUGAGGCUGAGGCCACAGCAGCCAGUGGCGAUGACUCUAGGAUGGACAUGUCUGCCAUGUCAGCUGACAUCACCGUGGACAGUGUCAGAGAUGUUAUAGAGGAGAGCGGCAACACCAUCGUGACCUCGGUGAGAACCAUCACCCAGACCACAACCUCCACUGUCACGGAGUCCGCAGCCUCAGCGACACAGGAGGGGGAGAACACAGUGGCAGCAGUGACCAAUGGCCUGGCCCAGGAAGUAGACGAAGUGACCGACGUGCUGAGAGAGACACAGCAUGAGGUGACCACACGCACCAGUGAAUUUGUGACCAGAACAUCUGAGAAGUUGACCCACACAGGAGAUGAAGUGACCAAACAGUUAAGUGAGCUCAAGAUGACCACGGCGGUCAUUGAGGAUCCCUCCAUGCUCAAACAGAAGCUGAUGGAGUCCUCCUUCACCACUACCACCACCACCACCAGCAACAACGACACGGAGACGGCUGGAAUAUCAACGGAUGGAGUAUCAUCAGCAGCAUCCACCAAUGGAGAUAACUAAGGCCACACACAAUGCAGCCGGUCUACGCAGCUAGUGGCCUCUGUGCACACACCAUGCAGCCAGUCUCUACACAGAACACACAUACAGUGCAACCAGUCUCUACCAGAACACAUACAGCACAACCAGUCUCUACACAAAACAAUAGGAGCCAGUCUACACAGAACACACAUUCAACGUUGCCAGUCUUCAGUGCCCUCAGCAAACAGGUUACUCAGACUCGCCACAUAGCCGUGAGAGCAGAGACAGUUUGACAGGAUGUUUCAUGGUUGUAUGGCAAUUUUACUCUGUGUGUGUAUGUGUGCAUGCAUGUGUGUGUAUGUGUGCAUGCAUGUGUGUGUGUGUCUGUUAAAAUGUAUGUGUGCUUGAUGACUAUAGUCAUAGUGUGUGUGUUCGAGAAACCUUGUGCAGCUAGACCCCCCACUCCCCCCUCCCUCCCAUCUUCAUCACCAAUGGCCAAGUAUGUUGUAGAACUUUUCGAGAUUCGAACCAGAGGACCACAAGCAUGCCCUGAGAGUAUGUGUGAAGUUUUCUUCGGGGUUUGUAUGCAGGGAAAAAUGUUCACCUUUCAUAUGAGGUUGUAUGCACAGCCUUGAUCUACUCUGCCUGGGCUGAAUUUCCUUUAUAUCUGGUGAGCCUGAGAAAGUGAGCUCUAAAUAAAUUGACCUCUUGACCAAGUGUAUUCUACCUUGUAACACAGUGGGACUGAUGAUACCACGCUCAUGUACCUUCCAUCCAGCCUUCUACUACUACUAUUCUACAGGCGUUGCGUUAUCACGGCUUCACAAUACUCAUGUCUGUAUCGAUUGUUGUACCUCCUUUUAUUAUCUCCACUUCUGCCGCAUCCUUGGAGAGGAGGGACUGCCUCCUCGCCCGAGGUCUCGUUUCUCUCUGUGUGGGUGACAAUGUAAUAUCUGCCACAUUGUCAUGUAGGUCACUGUACAUGACAUGACGGCACUCUGUACCAGGGAGGGAGCUAUCUUAGAGGCUGUUUGGAUACUAGAUGACCUUCCAUACACUACUUUUUGUUUAGUAUCACAAAGGGCCACAAAUGCUUCUCUUAAUUUGUUAGAAGAUUUAAUGAAGGAAAAUUUUAAUGGAUUUCUAAUUGCUCUUGCAGAUGUGAGGUGUGUCAUUCGCCUCUUGGCAUGACAUGUCAUUAGUUUAGUGACAUGGGAUGGCGUGAGCCUUGUGGCACAGCUUGUCAUUGGUCGAGUUAAGGGUGUGUCAUUUGUUUAGUGGCAGCGUGUUGUGCUGUGGCUUUAUGGACUGCAUCACAUUAUGUUGGCCACGCUGACUUGAGCUGAGAGCAACCAGGGAAACCCCGCCUCUUACUGGGCCCAUUUUUACCAGCUACUUUUGUACAAAGUUUACUAAACUUAAUGUGCUAUGUCAAUAUUGUUGUAACUGUAUAUGUUUUUUUUCUGUAUGACUCUGAUCAGUUGCUUAUUUUUCCACACACAAACUUGUACAAAAGGGCAGACAGACAGACAUGCAGGCAUUCCCAACAGUGCACAUUCCCGAGGGGGACGCCCUAUUUCUGAGAGAAAGAACUCCGUGAGAACAGUGCAGGAGAUGGUAGAGUCAGAGCUCACUGCGUUCUGUUAGAAUUGAUGAAAGUUUUUACCUAAGCUCUUACCAGCAGACAAUUAGUGUAGUGCAGUAGACAGUGUAAGAGUUAGAGUAUGAACUUGCUUGCGCCUCCUCCCACACAAAGGCACUUUUCAGAUUAUUUAGCGGUGGAAAUGAAAGAAAUUGAUAGUUUAUUUUUGGUUAGCAAGAUGAGACUGAUGCCAAAAUGGAAUAAUUCACUCGUGCAAGCAAAGCAGCAGGCAUUUUUUACACUCAUAUAUAAAUAUAUAUAUAGAUAUAUAUAUAUAUAUAAAUCUAUACCUUCGUACUUGCAUACUGAUGUAUAUCACUUGUUUUGAAUGUGACUUUCUUGUUGUGAAUGGCAUUUUGCAAGUCUACUUUUUUUGACUUUUUCUAGUGUGAUGUGAGUGACAUUUGAGCAGGAGCGACUUUUUUUUACAUGAGUGACUUUCUCAUUUAGGGUGUGAUUUUUGUCAUAUGGGAGUGACUUUCCUUGAUGGUAGUGACUUUUUGCUUACUUGAGUGACUUACUUUUUUUUUUCAUGGGAGUGACUUUUUGAUGAUGGAAGUGACUUUCUUGUUUUGCUCAUUUCUCUCAUGUUCUUCACUCCUGUGAGAUUGUGUUCCCAGUGCAAUGUACAUAGGGGGGGAAUUCUCUACUCUUUAUACCCCCCUCCCCUUAUGUAGAUGUAGACAGCUUUUUAUUAUGCUCAAGUUAGUGGUCGUGGGCCAGGGUACACCCCCACCUUCCCACCCUCCCUCCCAGUUGUUUACGAGAGAAAUUCUAGCGUGUCACAGGAUUGGUUGGGGGGUUGGUGGUUGUGGGGGGGCCGUGGCGUGGGACCAGAUUGUGUUGUGAUUCACUGACCUGAUUUGUUGUGGCGAGCGUUGUGGGACCAGAUGCUUGUCUUGUGAUUGGGUUUUGCUGCUGCACCGCCUCGCUGUCCCUGUGCAGGGGGCCCAGCCAUGGGGACAACCUGGACGGCCAGUCUACCUUUGGGGGACUUGUGACAGUGGUCUGCCCUGCCUGCAGGGUGUAGUGUGGUUGUGUCAGGAGGUGUGGUGUCCAUGUAUUGGGAGGUGUUUUGUUGUGUACCCCAUGUGUCUGGUGGUGAGUGAAGGCUCUGGUGCGCUGGCUGGGACCUUGUGUGUGCAUGUCUUUUGAUUGGUCCAAUAUUCCUCACCAAUUCCUGAGACCGUGAAUUCCAUUUUGUUGUCUGUUGCUACUAGUAAUGGGAAGAGACGCUUGCAGUUACAGUUCUGUUGCUUUGCUUGCCCUCGAUGGCCUAAUGGGUUGUUUAUUUUAUGCAUCACUUUGUUCUGUUACAUGUACAUGGACAAGUUUGUGCGUGUGGCUAUACUGAAAUAAUGAUGGUUGUGCAAUCUAGGGGGCCAAAUGCGGUUUCCCCUCCUUCCUUCUAGACGUAUGAGUUCUGUUCUGUAGCAGUUUCAGUUUGGGUGGUGUUGCCAGUGACUCCACUAUUCUUCUACUCUUUUCCAUACUAACACUAGUCAUAAUCUUCGUCUCCUCACCAUUGUAUCUCAAAGUUCUGGCCUGUAUGUGUCAGUACACCAUCCUGGAUGCUGGUGUUUUUCUGCAACACUGGCGUGUGCAUUUUUGUGUGUUUGUAGACCUUUACAGAGUCACAAACUCUACAAAUGACUACAGGGGGAGUAGCUAUGGAGACGGCACAUGUGCACAAGCUUGUGUUUGCUCACACAUAAUUGUGGGUACCAACAGAUUCACACAUGCACAACCUACACCUAACUGGGUACACUCUUGUGGGCAGAGACAGAUAAAGAGAGAGAUGGACUCUUGUACCUUUUUUGUAACCGUCCUCCUCCCCACCUUAGACUUACAGCUGCUAACACAGACGUCCUGGAAUGUUAACGGAAGGAGAGAGAGCUAGAGAACGAGAGAGAGAGAGAGAGUGCCUUGUGUAUACGACUUAUUGCCGUGACCCCCCGCCCCAGUUUUUGUAUGCAUUUAUUUUUGCUUGUCUCCCAUGGGCUCUGUCCCGCCUUCUCCUGGCCCAGUCACGGAGCCCGCCUGCAGUAGUUCACUGACCAGGCGUGCUGUCUGACCGGCCUGCAGUAGGUUUUCCCUAACACUCUGUCAACGCUGGAGCAUAGAGCAUAGUUAACGCAAUGUAUUUUUUUAUUUCACAUUUUUACAAGAAUAAAGUACUUUGCAAACCAA